GCAAUUAGUACAUAACUCUUCCUCCUUCUUUCAAUUGGAAACGCAGUCUGCGGCCCAGUUCUAUCCAUUCCCUCCCACUGUUACCGAACACAGUUUGCCACAAUUCACGCCGGAUGGUCACUACCCGGAGUUCUUCCCGUCGAAAUCGUAGCUGGGGUUCCGUUCCACCGGCCGCCGUGCGUUUGAAAAAAAAACGCCCUCCGCCACUUCCGGAAAUAUGUUCUCGCAAUCGACCUCGACGCAGUCCUCGUAAACGGGUACCACUCUCUUCACUUGAAACCCAACCCCGAGCUUUAUUGCCUCCGCCGGCAACUACUCCACAAAUUAUGCUUCGUAGGCCCACGGCUAUGCACCCAGUUGCAGGUUCACCAUAUACAGGUAGAUCAGUAUCAGCCGAAUUUGAAACAAGUGUUGAUAGUUAUGUAUCCUCCUCUGAAGCUCCUUCUGUUAGUGGUAGAAGUCUUACCGCAUCUACCGAUGCGGCUAUAUCUGCAAAAGGAUCUCCUUCUUCUGAAGCUUCGAUGAACAAUUCUAUCAGUCUUACCUUAUCAACUGAAGGGGAUUCUGUAGGAAGUGGAGAUGAACAGAUUGAAGCUGACACAAGUGCUGAUGGAAAUGUUUCGUCGGGAAACGGUCCAACUUUGCAUACCAGCAGUGUCAGCUCAUAUAAUGAUGAUUCUGCAGCUACGAGUGGAGAUGGCACAUGUGUAGGUGCAACGAGUGUUGAUAGAGUUGUCUCAGAUUCAUGUGAAGAUACCAAUGUUGCCGCAACGGUGCUGCCAACUCGUGUCUUUGCUACUGAUAGGUAUCCAAGUGAUGGCAGGGUUAAUGCUUACUCUAAACUGCAGUACCUUGUCGAUAUUUUACAGAUUUUGGAUGGGACUCCUGAGUAUGAGACGUUAAUGCAGUCCCAAUUCAGUUUCUUGUUCUCCCUGCCAGUGCGCCAAUGUUCGUUAUCUGGUAAACUCCUGCAUAAUUUCCUAUCUCGGCAACUCGUCACGGAUAAUUCCCAUCAGCUUUGGUUUACAUUAGGAGGGCAGCCUUUGCGAUUUUCGUUACACGAGUUUGAACAACUAACAGGUCUCCGAUGUGGCCGUUUUCCAGAUAGGAAAACCAUAGAAAAAAACCAAAGUGCUCCCCGCGGUUGUUGUUCUUAUUUAGAAACCUUGCUUGGCCCUCAUAAGAACUUCACUAUUAAGCAGAUUGUGAAACUGUUGAAAGCAGAUAGGGAGAUGUUGGGCUGGCAGAAGCUGCGCCUUGUUCUAAUUGUUAUUGUCGAAGGUAUUUUAAUAUGUGGGACGCAACCUAUUCGCCCCUCCGUCCCCAUUGUGGAGAUGGUUAGGAAUUUAGACUUCUUCUUUAGCUACCCCUGGGGCCGCCAUUCAUUUGAAAGGACCUUAAGGAUGAUUAAAGUUGGGAAAAAAGUUCGUCGCCAGUCUGACAUUACAAAGAAAUUAAAACAACGGUCUCUUGUCAUGCACGGUUUUCCAGUAGCGAUUCAGUUGUUCCUUUUCCAGUCCAUUCCACAGCUGCUGCAGUAUGUACCUGGAGGUGAAGAUAUGCAGGAUUUUUUAGUAAGGGGCAUAGACGUGCUUCCGAAGCUGAAGACAUUUCAUACAGAUAACAUCCUUGCAGUUGAAAAUGAUGCUUCGCUUCGUGUUACCCGCAUUUCUUCUCCGUCAACUAUGCCAUCUGUUUCCCGACUACCUGCUGACUUUCAAGGAGACCGGAAGGUCGCCAAUUUAGAGAGUUUAAUUGAAAGGGGCUAUGCGUUUUCAAAGGCUGAUUGGGUAGGUGGUGACGAAUCGUUGCCACUUUUGUGUAUUUGCGGGAAAAGGAAAACAAAUGCCUGUACUUGUGGACCAUCGCUGUCCAAUUGUAGAAGCCCAACUGGCGUUGAGAAGCCUGCCCACUCAUCGGUGUCUUAUGAUGAAGUUGGUGCAUUAAAGAACAAAGUGGCCAACCUAGAAUUUGCUACUGCUGCCAGCAUUGCUCUUCUACAGAGUCAACUUACUCAGGUCCGAUUCCUUCUUUUGGAAAAGAAGGAAUCCAAUUCCAACAAUACUACUAGUACCUUAGCACGCCCUCAACCACUUGUCACACCUGCUCCUCCCUAUUACCAAGCAGGAUAUACAUUAAUCCCUCCCUUGCAUAACCAUCCAUCUCCCCUUGUCCCACCCUCUGGCGUAACUGUCCACGGGCCACUGACACUAGCAUCAGCUUCGCGGAAAAGCAAAAGGGGUUGUAGAGACGACGAUGCUAAUGUUGCUGUUGUUUCUGGGAAUGUUGGCACGGGGGGAGUUGUCUCAGAUAUCCAACCAUCGUUUACACACGCAUGCUGUCUACCCAAAUCUGCUUCUCCUGCUGAAGUCCCUACUUUUCCUUUAGCUCUGCCUAUCAACCAGGUUCAUAGCGGUGUUCCAUCUUCUGUUGUGGAAACGCGUACACCGAAGUGGGUGAACAGUUUGUCUACUAACGAUGGCAACAGAAUAGCUGACGUUGUAGACCAGUUAAAAAUAGAUGUUUCAGCACAUGGAAACUACAAUCCUUUUCCUGUUCUCCCUCCUACCAUUGUUGAGGCUUUCACCAAAACUCUACAACACUACCGUAAAGCUUGUUACGACAUUGAUGGCUCUGCCGUGCCCAACCAUUUUUUCUCGGACAUAUACACGCCCUCCACUUUUGUGGGCACAACUCAUAUGGAUGUCAUGCUUAGGCCGUUUUGGCGGAAACGUGGUUUGUACCUUUCUACGCGCAAGAUUGUCGUUUUGGACAGCUUACUUACACAACUCCUCACCUCUGCGUACUCUCCUUUUUCAAAAUCAACAACGCCUUCCGCUUAUGUUUGGCACCCUCUCUUACAAAGCUACGUUGAGGGUACAGUUGGAGAUCGCACAGAAGAUACGGUUUGGUUUGCAGAUGUUGACACAGUUUACGCACCGAUGAACUGGGGAAAAACUCACUGGGUUGCGUUGGUGAUAUCCCUAACAGCAGGUCACAUUGAUAUCUUAGAUCCAUUACUCCGUUGUACACCGAGUCACAAGAUAUCAGCUUUCAUGGAUCCGUUGGUUAAGGUGCUACCUUUCUUUAUUAAGUCAUCCUGCGAUCCUUCAUAUACAAAUCUACUUCCCCAAAAAGAAUUUACGUACUCUCGUUGUAAAGAAAUCCCUCAGGCAACUCGGCUCGGCGACUGUGGUCCCUUCGCGAUAAAGUUAAUUGAGUUGCACUCCCACUUGUACUCUCUACAGGAAAUGGGCACCAUUUCAGAGGAGCUUGUUGACAUGUUUCGUAUGCAGUACGCUAUUGAUGUGUAUGAGGAGUUUAUUGGUAAGGUCGUCGCUCGCCUUCUUGAUGAUGCUGCAGUAGAAAUAUAUCGCCACCUCUCCCGGUCUGGUUUUUCAAACCUUGCUCCCUUAUUGCUUGUGUCCAAAAAACAAAGCAGUCUUGCAUUUUCCAGUGGCGUUUUACAUGACAUCUCUCUUCAUGAGUUCUUCAAUACCCCAGAUCUUGUCAACGAAGAGUCUCCAUUUCGUGUGUUUUUUAAAAAGUGCGUCUCUGCACAAAAUCCUGUAGCCACCUACUUGGAGAGCAUCCGCCUAGCUGCAAAGGAUGGUGCCUUCACUGACGCUAUUGCCUUGCUUUCCUCACAUGCUGUACUUUCUGAUUGUGCUUUGUUCGCCAGGGGUUUGUUUUUAAUAUUUGCAAAUUCUCCAAAUGAAGGUCUUGCCGAACUCUCUACUCUGUUAAGCCGAGUUGAAACCAAUGCCCGCUUGCAUUCCAUUGGAGCUGUUGUCUACCGGCAGAUCCUUAGUUUCCGCCCUCUCAAUAGGCGCCUGUUUCCCAACUUACUGCUUCUUGACCAGUUACCAGGCUGCAUAGGCCAGCCUUGCGCCCUACCAUACCGCUGUCUCAAUUGUUUUCUUUAUUGGUUUAUCAUAGCCUUGAACAAUCGCAUUUAGUUUACUAUUCCGAAGCUUCUAUUAUGACCUGCUGUUUUAACUUUCUAUUAAGUUCUUUCCCAUCUUCUACCUUGUAUUAUAGUACGUACUCCUAAAUGAAACUGUGUUAUGCUU